CAUAUCAAUUCACCAUAGUUGCUAGGUCAGCCGCUUGCGGUGUAACCUAAGCGGGCGAGGGAAUUCUCCGAGGGGGCAAUGAUGAGAGGGCAAAGCGUGCAAGCUGCGAAGGAGAGCAGGCCUCGUGCUGCUGCUGCUGCCUGGCUGGCUGGCAGACUGCCGCGGCUCUUACUCAGACGCCGGCUCGGGCGCGGUGCUGCUGCUGCUGCUGCCGCCGCCGCCUGCAGCCCUGCAGCCAGCUCUGCUCCAGCGGCUCCGCAAGGCGAGCCAAUGAUCGCUGUUGUGCCGACGCCGGGGAAGGCCUGGGAAGGAAGUGCUGCUGGGGAAGCGAUGCGGCUUCGCUGGGUUUGGCAGGCAUGAACCGCUUUGGGGAUCUCACCAUGUCCUUCAAGAAGGAGACACCACUUGCAAAUGCUGCGUUUUGGGCUGCAAGGAAAGGAAACUUGGCACUUCUCCAGCUGCUAUUGAACAGUGGGCGUGUGGAUGUGGACUGCAAAGACAGCCUUGGUUCAACAACGCUUAUGGUAGCAUCGUACUAUGGUCACAAAGAAUGUGUGAGAGAAUUGGUUCUGCAAGGAGCUGAUAUCAACCUUCAGAGAGAGUCUGGUGCCACUGCCCUGUUCUUUGCUGCACAACAAGGUCACAAUGAUAUCGUGAAGUUUCUCUUUGAGUAUGGAGCCUCCACAGAAUUUAAAACCAAAGAUGGAGGCACUGCUCUGUUAGCUGCGUGUCAGUACGGGCACAUGAGAGUGGUGGAAACAUUGCUGAAGCACGGUGCCAAUGUUCACGAUCAGCUUUAUGACGGAGCUACUUCCCUUUUCCUGGCUGCCCAAGGUGGUUACCUGGAUUUAAUUCGGCUAUUGCUGUCUUCUGGAGCAAAGGUCAACCAGCCAAGGCAGGAUGGGACAGCUCCAUUGUGGAUAGCCUCUCAGAUGGGUCACAGUGAGGUAGUGCGAGUGAUGCUGCUCCGAGGAGCAGAACGAGAUGCUACAAGGAGUGAUGGCACAACUGCUUUACUUAAAGCUGCGAACAAAGGAUAUAGUGAUGUUAUAGAGGAAUUGCUUAAAUUCUCUCCUACGCUUGGUUUAUUGAAGAACGGAACAUCAGCUCUCCAUGCAGCUGUUCUUGGGGGCAGCGCUAAAGCAGUAGCACUACUCAUAGAAGCGGGAGCAGACCCGCUCCUUAGGAACAAGAAAAACGAAUUGCCUUCAGAUCUAACGAAAAAUGAGCGCAUCCUACGGCUUCUGCAGAUCAGAGAAAAGCACCGAAAGAGCUAAUGCAGCUUUGCGUCUCAAGAGAGAGCCAAUGAGCCCUGCCCAUAUUCGCCCUCAAGCAAAGCUAGUUAUCCUGCAGAACUGGAAAUGUUUUGCUGAGACUCAAGCAACAUGCCCUGACUCUACCUCUGUGAACAAGGUCAGGGUUCUCCAUGGAGUGGCACUGCUAAGGUCCUAACACCACUGCACUCACCAGAUUUUUGUCUCUGGCUUCAGAUGCAGGGAAGACUGGGUCGCUAAGUGGCUUUCCUGAAUAAAGUCUUUUUCUGCUCCAGAGAAAUAUUC